AUGCAAACUAUAAAGUGUGUUGUUGUUGGCGACGGUGCCGUUGGCAAAACGUGUCUUUUGAUCUCUUACACAACUUCCAAGUUCCCUGCUGACUAUAUUCCCACGGUAUUUGACAACUAUGCCGUGACGGUUAUGAUUGGCGACGAGCCCUUCACGUUGGGGCUUUUCGAUACCGCUGGUCAGGAGGAUUAUGACAGAUUGAGGCCUUUGUCUUACCCCUCGACUGAUGUGUUUUUGGUGUGUUUUUCCGUCAUCACGCCCCCUUCGUUCGAGAACGUCAAGGAGAAGUGGUUUCCCGAAGUGCAUCACCACUGCCCUGGUGUUCCAUGUCUCAUAGUGGGAACGCAGACAGAUUUGAGAGAUGACAAUGUGAUCAAGGAGCGUUUGCACAGACAGAAAUUGAGCCCUAUAACUCCAGAACAAGGUGAGAAGUUGGCCAAGGAAUUGCGUGCGGUGAAAUACGUGGAGUGCUCGGCCUUGACACAACAAGGGUUGAAGACGGUGUUUGACGAGGCUAUUGUGGCGGCAUUGGAGCCUCCCGUGAUCAAGAAGUCGAAAAAGUGCACCAUUUUGUAG